GACAAGAUCAGUACUUAAACGGGCUGAUGCAACGGCUUCAGUUGUUAGUCCCAAAGCUCACAUCCGACUCCACUCCCGCUCCGCUCCCAUUAUUACUGCGGAUUUUCGGACGCACAACAGCGUCCAAACACAGUUGCAUCAUUGACAGACGACGACUGACAACUUUUCUCUGACAGCGGUGGUGGCCGAGUCGGACAUGAUGCCGGGACAGAUCCCUGACCCUUCGCUGGCGGCGGGCUCCCUGCCCUGCCUGGGCCCGCUGGCGGGCAUCUCGGCCACCACGCUCACCGAUCAACUCAAGCUGGCGGACUUCCACCAGCUGGGUACCAUGCUGUCCCCGCUGCACUUCCUGGGGAGGCUAGGGAAGAGGCCGCUGGCCAUCAAGACCGAGAUGGAUGAAGAUGACGAUAGGAGGAAACGGAGACGAGAGAAAAACAAGGUAGCAGCAGCGCGAUGCCGAAACAAAAAGAAGGAACGGACCGACUUCCUUCAAAGGGAAUCAGAGCGUCUGGAGAUGGUGAACUCCGACCUGAAGGCCCAGAUCGAGGAGCUCCGUAUGGAGAGGCAGCAGCUAAUGGUGAUGCUCAACCUCCACCGGCCCACCUGCAUCGUGCGGACCGACAGUGUCAAAACACCCGAGAGCGAGGCCAACCCGCUGUUGGAGCAGCUGGCCGACGACGCCAAGUGAAACCAGGAAACACCGGGGGACGCAGAAAGUCCCUGACGCAAAGUGCCAGCCUUUUUUUAAAAAAUAAAAACAUAACUGGCAAUACGUUUCUAAACAAGCACUUGAGCUCCAAGCUGAAGACUUUUGGAGACUCUGCCCAAAGACCUGAGGUUUGUCGGGCUUCCUUAGUACUGCUGCAUGGAGCUGGCUCUGUCCAUUGGAAGACUGGAAAUACCCAGUUUCAUCUCCGCAUUAAGUGUUGUUGUUGACACCCGCUGUGCCUAGUUGUGACUUCAACCAUCUCUACAUAAAAAGGGACCAAUGUAAACAGUAGAGUACGACUGGAAACAACGCUGAGGAAACACACUAAUAUCAAUAUGGUGCUCUGUUACAAAAGCCCUGAAUAGAUUGUGUGGCAUUGUUUCAAUGCAGAGGCUUAGUGUUCUGCAGCUUUUUUUUUUUUUGUAUGCUAGCCAACAUAUACCGGUGUAGAGUUUUUAGGAUACAAUGCUCAAUACAAGUACACCCGACGGAGUUUUUUUUUUUUUUUUUGUAAUGUUGAUUUUUAUACUCUGCCUCGACGAUGGCAGUAACCGGUUGAUCCGAUUUGUGGUGACGCUGGCGUCAUGAAAAGCACAUAUACACAAAAUGUUUACACUCGUGUUUUUUGGACGUGUUGUCUGUCCAUUAUUGUACUUGUUUUAUACUGCUUUGUAUACAUAAACAUAUAUGAAAUGCUUGUUAGUCACUUGAUGUGAUUUAUCCUUUUCCCGAUCUGUCCAGUCUGUGUCUGUCACGUUGUGCUGUCAAACAGCUGUGAAAACAAGCAGAACUCUUUUCAGAUGAGCAGUAAUCCAGAGUCUGUUCUGGGCCUGUACCUGCUAUGUAUGAUCUGUUACCAUGAAUAGAUUAAAAUUUAUUUUCUAAGUACAAGGAAGGGCACGUCUUGUUGUUUUUUUGGAUUACAAAAUCAGACGUGCAACAAUCUCAAGUGUUUUUCAGUGAAAUUAGUCAAAGUCCUUGUGUUUGCUCCUCCGAGUCAUAACAGCAGAUCUAUCAAGUGACAGAAGUUGUGCAAUCGUGUUUCUUCAGCUGAGGCACAUUGCCAAAAUCGGGGCUUUACUUUCAUUUGCAAAACUCACAACGCAAUUACUUCUUCAAGGCUUGAUUAUCGCUGCAUUAUUGCAAAUUUGAAAGAUAUUCUUACUUUCUUUAAAGCUUUAAGAAAGAUCUUUCUCUCAUUGUUUUAAUUAUCAUUGAAUUUAAUUAUUUAAACCCGUCCAUGCCUUGAUCUUAGUUCUUUAGAGAACACAUACUAGCACCGUUUAUAUUAUAAUGUACUUACACUGGUCAAAAUACUGCUGAAGGAGGACAACAGAACCUCACCUACUCUGAUGAAAUAUUAUUUUAGACAGCAGUAAAGGUUAAUAUCCUAAAAAUUAUUUUGUAUUCACCACAUUCAUACUUUAUUAUUUUACUCUUAUUAUUUGGAUGGAGCUAAAUAAGAACAUAAAGUUAGCUUUUGAGCGGGUAUUGUCCUGAGUGAUAUCUACUGUAUGCAGGCCUCAAGUCACACUGCGGUCAACAGCGCCAUCUAGUGGAACCUUCUGUGAACUGCAUGAUUUCUAGUCCGAUAAAUCAAUUUGACUUCACAAUACUGGUCAGAUACUAUAAAGACAAACGUAACGGCUAAUAUUUACAUAUCCGUGUACUUUUCAGCCGUUAUAUCCUUCGAAGAUAUGAGUAAGAACCGUUGGUUUGCUCUGGUUAAACCCUCAUCUUUCUUUUAACACGUUACACUUGAGAAAGUGACAAAACUCGCUCAGGUAAGCUGCUGGUUUCUCUAUUCUGAACAAUAAAGAAAGAUUAACGUCACAGUUUAAGAUGAAAGCGUUUUAAAAUACGGAUCCUAAUUAGUUUUAAAUGUAUGUAAAGGUCCCCUCUUUAGACAUUGGUCUGCUUAACUUGCCUCCGUGGUCGCACAACGCAUGUUAGCUGCAAAUAUCGAUUUGUAACUCGGUAUCAAGUGAGUUUAAACGGUCUCGUACUGUAUUUAUAUUUCGGC